GAAAAUCUAAAACUUUGUUUAGUUUUGCGAGAUUUACGUUUGCGGCGCGUUGUGUGAAAACCUGUUGCGUUUGUGUGACGCGAUCGUGCGUGAUGCGGCAAAGAACGUGAUUUUUGGUGGCGCAUAGUGUAUUUUUUCUGCGACCAUGGGCUUGGGCGUAUCGAAGGAGGCGCCUUGCCCGGAGCUGGAAAGGCCGGAAAGUGUGAUCUCGUCGAAAUUGCACGGAAGACAGGCGAGCAUCCGCCAGAGCACCAUGAGGGCCAAGUCGAAGCAGCCCAUGCCCGACCCCAACGAACUGGAGAGGAGAUUCACCAAAGUGCUGGCCUCCAUGGACUUGCCGCCCGAUAAAGCCAAACUGCUGAAAAACUACGAUUCGGAGAAGAAAUGGGACAUCAUCUGCGAUCAGGAAAUGGUGCACGCUAAAGACCCUCCCUCCUUCUACUUAAACAAACUCCGGACGUACCUCGACCCCAAGGCCUCCCGCAGCCACAGGAAGCGAAAAAUGGUCGGCGAGUCGACUUCGACUCAAGUCCUGCGUGACCUGGAGAUAUCCCUGCGGACGAACCACAUCGAAUGGGUGCGAGAAUUUUUAAACGAGGAGAACAACGGCUUGGACGUCCUGAUCGACUAUUUGAGCUUUAGGCUGGGCAUGAUGCGGCACGAGCAGCGCAUCGCCGAGUCCAGGACCGCCUCCGAGGAGCGGCUGGGCCCCGGCCAGCCGCCGCCCGCCCCCAGCGUCCAGAACGGAUACAUUCGCGCCCCCUUGGACAUCCCGGACAGCUCGAGCGUCAAACGGCGCUCCAAGCACGUCGCCAAGCUGAACAUGGGGGAGUCCAAGGACGACAUACACGUCUGCAUCAUGUGCAUGAGGGCCAUUAUGAACAAUAAGUAUGGGUUCAAUAUGGUGAUCCAGCACCGUGAGGCCAUCAACUGCAUUUCGCUCAGCUUGAUCCACAAGAGUUUGCGCACGAAGGCGCUGGUGCUGGAGCUUUUGGCGGCGAUUUGCCUGGUCAAAGGCGGGCACGAGAUAAUUCUCUCCGCGUUUGAUAAUUUCAAAGAGGUGUGUCAUGAGGAGCACCGCUUCCAGACGUUGAUGGAUUAUUUUCUCAAUUACGAUGUCUUCCACAUCGAGUUUAUGGUUGCGUGCAUGCAGUUUGUGAACAUUAUUGUGCAUUCGGUGGAGGAUAUGAACUUUAGGGUCCAUCUGCAGUAUGAGUUCACGGCGCUGGGGCUGGACAGCUAUUUGGAGAAGUUGAGGUUUACGGAAAGUGAGGAGUUGCAAGUGCAGAUCUCGGCCUAUUUGGACAACGUGUUCGAUGUGGCGGCGCUCAUGGAGGAUAGCGAGACCAAGACGGCGGCCUUGGAGAAGGUGGCCGAGAUGGAGGACGAGCUGGCGCAACUCCACGAAAAAAUCCAAGACAUCGAACACCAAGCCCUCGAAGAGAUCGCCCACUUGAAAACCGACCUGGCCCAACUGCGCCAAGAACGCGACGAACUCGCCGAAUUCAAACGCCACGCCGACGAAGAGGUCAACACUUUACGUCGCGUUGUCCAACACCACGAACAAGAAUCGAAAAAUCGCCAAUCGAUGUUCGAAUCAAAAAUCGCCGAACUCGAAAAAACAGUCCCGAAGUCGGCCUCAGUUGCCGGUAUUUCCGACCUGACGCCGCCCGAUUCGACCACCUCGCCUGUGCCCGCCUCGCCUGUGAUACCGCCCCCGGCCGCGCCGCCGCCGCCGCCGUGCCCGCCGCCGCCGCCGUCCAGAGUGCCUUCCGCGCCCGUGCCGCCGCCGCCCGCCGGCUUCAUGCAAGCGCCAGAUGGCGCCAUGACCAUCAAACGCAAAGUACAAACCAAAUACAAACUGCCAACCAUCAAUUGGAUCGCACUGAAGCCGAAUCAAGUCAGAGGGACGAUUUUUAACGAAUUGGACGAUGAUAAGCUGCACGGAUUCAUCGAUUUUAACGACUUUGAGGAGCGAUUCAAGAUUGGAAAUGCCGGCUUGUUGGCGAAUGGCACUAGUGAGCUUGAUGGGCUUUCGACGUUCCCGAGCAAAAGGUUCAAAAAGCCGGAAAAUGUCACACUUUUGGAGCACACCAGACUGAGAAAUAUCGCAAUUUCGAGGCGAAAAUUGGAAAUGUCGCCUGAGAAAGUGAUAAAUGCGAUCAAUUUACUCGAUUUGAAACAAUUGAGUCUCGAAAAUGUCGAAUUGUUGCAAAGGAUGGUGCCGACCGAGCAGGAAACAAAAGCCUAUCGGGAGUAUGUCAAUGAUAAGAAAAACGUCAAUUUGUUGACUGAAGAGGACAAGUUUUUGCUACAGUUGACCAAGGUCGAGCGAAUUUCGGCCAAGUUGUCGAUUAUGAGUUACAUAGGCAAUUUUUACGACAAUCUGCACUUGAUAACGCCGCAAACACAUGCGAUCAUUUCUGGCUCAAAUUCUGUGAAAAACUCGAAGAAAUUGAGAUCAGUUUUGGAGAUAAUCCUCGCAUUCGGCAAUUAUCUCAACAGCAGUAAACGAGGGCCGGCUUACGGCUUCAAACUUCAAUCACUCGACACACUUUUAGACACGAAAUCGACCGAUAAAAGAAUGUGUCUUUUGCAUUACAUCGUCGCAACGAUUCGCCAAAAAUUCCCCGAAUUGCUAAACUUCGACUCGGACCUGCACUACAUAGAGAAAGCCGCAGUUGUUUCUCUCGAAAACAUCACAACUGAUGUCCAUGAGCUAGAGAAAGGGAUGGAAGCGGUCCGAAAAGAGGCCGAAAUCCGGGGCAAAGGGCCUCAGAGCAUCGUCGUUCGUGAUUUCCUCGCCAAUGCCGAGGAGAAGUUGAGGCGAUUGAGGAACGACGCCAAAACAGCACAAGAGGCCUUCAGGGAGUGCGUGGAGUAUUUUGCAGAGUCGCCAAGGACCACCGAUGCCAACACUUUCUUCUCCUUGUUAGUCAGAUUUGUCAAAGCUUUCAAGCAAGCGGAUCAGGACAACGAGCAAAGAAGGAGACUGGAAAUCGCUGCUCAAAAUGCCAACAAUAAAACCAACGAAGACGUGGCGAAGAGGAAUAAAAUCAACCAGAAGAAACAACAAGAAGCUGUAAUAAACGAAUUGAAACACAAAACAAGACUGGUGCAGGAGAAAAAGCUCUUGCAACAAGACGAAGUGUACAAUGGUGCCCUUGAAGAUAUCCUCCUAGGGCUAAAAAGUGAGCCUUACCGUCGUGCCGAUGCGGUGCGAAGAAGUCAAAGACGGAGGAUUGAUAAUAAUCGCUUGUCUAAAACAAUGGAAGAGUUGGAAGUUUGAGUCUCAAAAGCUGUAAAUAAUUCGUGUAAAUGCUCUCUGAUGCUGAUGAUGAUAUUAAGAUGUGAUUGUAUUUAAAUAUUUUUGUACAUAGUUGCAAUUUUAUAAAGUACUACUAGUGGUAAGGCUAUUUUUAUAUUGUUGUUUGUACACUGAAAUAAUCAUUACGGCACAUUCCGGGUUUGUCGUUUGUGCGUGUUUUACUGAUUUGUGAUUUUGAAAUGUUUUAAUGCGAAUUGUAUGUUUAUUAUUUAUAGCCAAGCAAUAAAAAGUUUAUUAUUGAUUGAUUAAAA